AUGAAGCAAGCAGCCAAAAACAAAUACUCUAACUAUAGAGGUCUUAAUUCAAUAUCUUCUAAUAUAACAACUUCUAACAAUCGAACAUCUUCGAAUAUAGCAACAGCAUCCAAUAAAACAACUUCUAACAAUAUUUAUUCAAAAAUUGGGAACGGUCAAGGCACCACGCUUAUAAAAAAUAUGGCGUUAGAUCAAUUAUAUUAUGGAGAAAUGAUUGUUGGGAAUCAAAAAUUUAAUAUGCUUCUAGAUUCUGGAUCUUCACCUUUCUGGAUUCCAAAUAAGAAUUGUACUUCUGCUGCUUGUCAAAUUCAUAAAUAUGAUUCAAGUAAAUCACCAACUUUUAAACCAGAAGGUAAUCCAUGGUCUAUCUUCUAUCAAACUGGUACUGUUUCUGGUGUUACCGGAAUAGAUAAUGUUCAAAUUGGACACAUUAUUGAUACUGAACCUGAUGAUUUUAUAUCAUUAGAAAAUGAUGGACUUUGUGGACUAGCAUUUGACGAGUUGAACAUCAUGAAUAAUGGUGCUCCAACAGUAAUCUCUACUUUAAUUACACAAAAGAAAAUUAAUGCAAUUUUUAAUGAUGCAAAGGUUAAUAACAAUCCAAUGUCGUUUUCUGGAAAGCUUGCACUCAUUGACACUGGCAUUACAACUAUGUUAAUACCGCCAAAUGAUGCUGAAGCAAUUCAUGAACAAAUUCCAGGAUUUGAAUAUGAUAGUCAAGAUGGUGUCUACAUUAUCCCAUGCGAUACCACUGCUAUUGUUUCUCUUAAAUUUGGAGGUGUUGAUUAUGAAAUUCCAUCCAGGGAUUUGAUUUUUUUACGAAUAUCUAGCACUCAAUGUGUAUCAUCCAUUUGA